AUUAAGGUGUUAAAUUAUGUGGUUUGUCGUUGUGAGGUUUUAACCGCCUUAGUUUUCUUACAUGCAACUAAUUAAGCGUUGUUCAAAGUGAGUGUACAUUUUGAUAUAGAUAUCAGAUACUGGGAAGACGUAUUGCAUUGUAAGCAAGGACAGCACAGUGUACGGACUCUUGAGAUUUGUGCAAUUGUGUACAGCUAGCUAGCUCGUAAUCCUAAAUAAAAUCAGGCAGUUGGCUGUUUUACUUAGAUCACUAUAUUGUAGCAUACAAGAGAAAAUGGACCCGUUAUUAUAUCUUGCGGGCUUGGUUUCGUUGUUUUUGGUGUGGGUAAAAGUUAAAGGUUUAGAUUACGUGAUAAUUAAUCAGAGGUGGAUAUUCGUUUGCCUAUUCCUCUUGCCUUUGUCCGUGAUAUUCGAUGUGUAUUAUUACCUGCGAGCCUGGAUUAUAUUCAAGAUGUGCUCAGCGCCAAAGCAGCAUGAUCAGCGAGUCCGAGACAUACAGAGGCAGGUUCGAGAGUGGAAAGAUGAGGGUGGAAAGACGUACAUGUGCACAGGCCGCCCAGGCUGGCUUACAGUGUCACUUCGGGUGGGGAAGUACAAGAAGACCCACAAGAACAUCAUGAUCAACAUGAUGGACAUACUGGAGGUUGACACAAAGCGACAGGUAGUGCGUGUUGAACCUCUUGUUAACAUGGGUCAGGUGACUGCUCUUCUCAACUCCAUUGGGUGGACUCUUCCAGUGUUACCAGAACUGGAUGACCUCACUGUGGGGGGAUUGAUCAUGGGCACAGGCAUUGAGUCGUCCUCCCACAUCUACGGCCUCUUCCAGCAUAUCUGUGUGGCCUAUGAGCUUGUCCUGGCUGAUGGUAGCCUCGUUCGCUGUACUUCAAAGGAGAACUCCGACCUGUUUUACGCUGUGCCGUGGUCCUGCGGAACGCUGGGCUUCCUGGUUGCGGCGGAGAUCCGCAUCAUCCCGGCGCGGGCCUGGGUUAAGAUGAGAUACGAGCCAGUGCGUGGCCUGGACGCCAUCUGCCAGCGCUUCGCCGAGGAGUCCGCCAACAAGGAGAACCAGUUUGUGGAGGGGCUGCAGUAUUCAUUGGACGAGGCCGUGAUCAUGACUGGGGUAAUGACUGAUGUGGCGGAACCAGACAAGAUCAACCGCAUCGGCUGCUACUACAAGCCCUGGUUCUUCAAGCAUGUGGAGAACUUUCUGAGGGAGAACCGCAGCGCUGUGGAGUACAUCCCACUGCGCCACUACUACCACCGCCACACACGCAGUAUCUUCUGGGAGCUGCAGGACAUUAUCCCGUUCGGAAACAACCCAUUUUUUCGGUAUUUGUUUGGCUGGAUGGUACCGCCCAAGAUCUCCCUGCUGAAGCUGACCCAGGGGGAGACCAUCCGCAGGCUGUACGAACAGCACCACGUGGUGCAGGACAUGCUUGUUCCCAUGAAGCACAUGCAGAGUGCCAUCUCCUGUUUCCACAACGACAUACACGUGUACCCCUUGUGGCUGUGCCCCUUUGUGUUGCCGAGCCAGCCUGGCAUGGUCCACCCAAAAGGUGACGAGGAUGAGCUAUAUGUGGACAUUGGUGCCUAUGGAGAGCCCAAGGUCAAGCAUUUCCAGGCCCGCGCCUCCACGCGGCAGCUGGAGAAGUUUGUGAGAGAAGUUCAUGGAUUCCAGAUGCUGUAUGCAGAUGUGUACAUGGACCGACAGGAAUUCUGGGAAAUGUUUGAUGGCACCCUGUACCACAAGUUAAGAGAAGAGCUGGAAUGCAAAGCAGCUUUUCCUGAAGUCUACGACAAAAUCUGCAAAUCUGCCCGACACUGACACAUUGCUGACAGAAACUUACAAAAGUACUUUCAUCUUAAAAAAACAGCACUGCAUAUUUUUACUACCCUCUUAAUUAAAUAAUUUCAUGUGGGACAGUGAGGUAGAAAUAAAAAUCAAUCAUACAAUUUUUACAGCACUACCAGGAUACUUGUAGCCCUGAAAAAUUAUACAACACUUUAAACUGCAUAGGUGACACUUUGACAAAUUUGACAAAUUUUUGGUUUACAACAAACAGAACCAGGCCCAAAUUAAAACCGUCUGGUAUCAAAUAAGUGGAAGUAUCGUUCUGAAGUACAGCUAAACUACUGAAGUACUGAUC